ACAUCAUCCUCAGAAGACGCUGAAAGAGGAAAGGACAUAAAAGACGAGACAUUAGCGUAGUGUGCGAGGGUGACGGAGAGAACUGGUUACAGUGAAGGUAAAGACAUGGCAGAGGCAGAUGAUCAACCAAAGAGAUGUCCUUGUGGGUUCUGGGGGUCGGCUAGCACAAUGAACCUCUGUUCACAGUGUUAUAAAGAACAUUUGCGUAAAGCAUCACAGUCAUCAACUACUACUGACAACAACGCUAACAAGAACACAACUACAUCGUCACUACUUACUGGCCUCCUUUCCCUUCCCCUCAGUUCUAUGGCAACGACAGCUUCACCGGCAACAACUACAUCAACAGAGAGCCACGAUGGCCCCGCGGAACCAGAGGCCAUGGAUACAGCCAAAGACGAGAAUUCAAUAGAUAAUCAAUCAUCUCAACCGGAGGAAGAAAGACCAGUUCAAAAGAAUAAAAAGAAAUGCUGGAUAUGUCGAGUUAAAUUAGAACUAGCUCAGAGAGAAUUAGGCCACUGUAAAUGUGGAUACGUAUUCUGUCUAAUGCAUCGUUUACCUGAACAGCACAACUGCAUGUUUGAUCAUAAAGACAGUGGGAGGCAAGAAGCAAUGAAGAAAAUGGUUGAUACAGGAAAGAAAAAGAUUGGAAGGUCAUUUCAUAGGAUGGAUUCCAAAGCAUAAGUCAUUAUUAUAGUAGAACCAAUAAUAAUAAUAAUUUAUUAUUAUUAUCGUUACUUAAUUGUAAUACAUUUAAGCUUCCAUACCUUUUAAUUAACUGUGUAUGUAUGUGUGUGUAUAUGUGUGCGUGUGUAUUUUUACAAUACUACAGAAUUGAUUGUACAUUUUGUAGUCAAAAGAGCAUUAACAGAA